AUGUCGUUACUUCGAGGCAUAUCGAACCAGCCGGGAACGGACUACCGCCACUCCUCGAGACCACCUCGUCUUGAUCUUUCAGGGAACCAUGUGACGGGUCAAUUUUCAGAAGCUAUGGAAGAAGAUUCUGGCCAAACCAUUUCCAGUAUGCUCCGUACCCCUGGCAUUAGGCUGGAUCGCACCCAGACCAUCGCUUCAUUUCUUGAUAUUGACGACUCAGAUGCCGAUUCUAUGCGAUAUGAUGAUAUACCCCUCCUACAACGAACCGACGAAUUCGAACGACCGGCGAAGAAAAUCGGCGUCACCUUCGAAGAGCUAAUCGAGCGUCUCAUUGCCCCUAAGAUGUCUAGAGCAGAUAACAAUUUCUUGGAGAUCUUCUUGUGUUUGUACCGCAAGUUCGCGUCUCCGGGGCAGCUCUUUUCAUCCCUUCUGUCACGGCUGGACCGCAUUAGGGACGACAAGUCCGUUCAUUAUCUUACCAAGAUUGGCGCUCAGUUUCGAAUUAUCGAGGUGGUCGCCAAGUGGGUCGGGACCUAUCCCGGAGAUUUUGCACGGCCGACGACUAGAAGAAACGUAGAAGACUUCAUAAGACAGUUAGCUGCGGAGCCGGCUUUCUUCGCAGCUUCACAGCAGAUGCGUAGAACGAUGGAGUACAGUGUAAUUGAGGCUGACGAUACGGGCUGGGAGAAAGCCGACAGUCUUGAGGAUACGCCGCUAGACGAGCACGAGCUGAGUAUAAGAGAUACCGCAAGGCGGUAUAUGGAUAUGUCGGAAAGUCUAAGCUCUUUAGGGGUAGACGACCCGAUCGAACGGCGGCCCUCGGCCAGUUCGUCCCUUCAAACGGACGCCGGGCCGCCAUCUGGGCCCGUUGGGAAGAUACACUCAUUCCAGUUCCAUUCAUAUGAGGACUACGAACGGGAAGCAGCGACAAUGGUGCCUACGUAUACAUUACCACUAACCAAAUUUCGGUAUCACAUAUUCAUGGACACGCAAAAUGAUGAUAUCGCCGACGAGAUGACGAGGAUUGAUUGGGUUAUGUUCUCUUCGAUCCGGAUACGAGACUUAAUCCGACAUGUCAGCCUAUCAGCAGAGCAGAAGGAGAAGUGUAGGGCUAUGAAGAAUGUCAAUCGCAUGAUUGCCCACUUCAACCAUAUCGCAACUUGGGUAUCCAAUAUGAUACUCAUGAGAGAAAAAGCCAAGCAUCGUGCACAGAUGCUGGAGAAGUUCAUGAAUAUCGCGUUGAAAUUAAGGCAGCUAAACAACUACAACGGUCUCGCGGCCGUGCUGGCUGGUAUUAACGGGACGGCUAUUCAUCGUCUAUCUCAGACACGAGCGCUUGUGCCGACCGAAGUACAAAAAAGAUUUGCGCGGUUAGUGCUCUUAAUGGGAACGCAAAAGAGCCACUUUGCCUAUCGACUGGCCUGGGAAAAUUCACCAUUACCGCGUAUCCCCUUCAUUCCGUUACAUCGUAGGGAUCUUGUAUCGGCCGAAGAGGGUAGCAUGACAAUGGUGGGGCCCCAAGGCGAUCGAAUAAACUGGAAGAAAUUUGAGGUUCUAGGUGAAAUCCUCUUGCCAAUCAUGAAGAGUCAGGGUACUCCAUAUCCGAACCUAUCUAAGCAUGACACGGCAAGGGAGCUUAUCUUGGACUGCUUGAUGCCUACAGACGAAGAAGUGAGAUGA